GUGACCUUUACUGUAUGUCUAGUCAAAAAUAGACCUAGCUGCCCGCUGUGGAAACUACAUUCUCCACCCGGGUCCUUUCUUCGGUCGCUGCAUUGAUUUGUCGAUAUAUUUUAAACAUGAAUUCCUGCACAGCAGACAGCUGUCAACAUUUUUUCUCGGAGAGCGAUUUUCCGCAACGGAGGAAACAACAAGUGAGCUAGCUGACUAGCUCGUCGUCCUGUGCUCCUGUUUGCUGUCCAGUAGAUUAGUAUAACAACAGACUCUCAGACAGGUGAUCGCUGCAAACUGAAACGACUGAAAACGGAGCCGCUCGACGGCCAGCACGCAAAGACACCUGCGUUUUGUUUUUUAAGGAGGAAGACACCAGUCUCGGUUGCAUAAGCUACAACUAACGCUAGACUUUUUUAAACCAUGGCCUGCAGUAUCCUAAACACGGAUGAGGCAUCUCCAGCGUCUCUGACAGACCUGUGCCUCACCUAUGUGAGCCAGAACCUGGAGCGUUUCUGUGUGAAGCGUCCCGAUGGCUCUCUGUGCUUCAGAGAGGCUGUACUCUUCCCACAGGAGCUGGCAGACCAGCUGCUGGCCAAGAUGGCCACUGAAGGUCUGUUGAAUGACAGCACAGUGGGUGUGUUUCGGAACUGUGAAUACCUGCGGCUGAGGCGAGCGUGCAUCCGUACUGCUCGUAUAUCUGCAGAGGCCUUCCAGAGAGCGCUCUGUCCUCAUAGACUACUGGAGCUGGAUGCUGCCAGGGUCAAUGCAGACCUCACUAUUCCUGAUAUUCUGCAGGGACUGGCCACCAAUAAAUAUUGUCAGGAGUCCCUCCAGCGACUUGUCCUAACAGGUCUCACCAUGUCCUCUCUGGAGGAACCAAUCCGGCAUCGCUUCAGCUCCCUCCAGGGCCUGCGCUCCCUCUCUUUAGCGAACGUAGACUUCUAUGACUCUGGGUUAGUAGACGUGUGUUCCCUGCCUCGGCUGGAGAGCCUCGAUCUCUCCAACACCUCAGUCACCAACCUGAGCCCACUGCUGGGCCUGAAGGAGAGGCUGCGCUCACUAACGCUACACCAGCUGAAAAGGCUGGAGAUGAGCACCGCUCAGCUGCUGGGAGUCAUUGGCCAGUUGGAUGUAUUGCAGCACCUGGAUAUCAGUGAUGAUAAACAGUUUACCUCUGACGUGGCUCGUCAACUGCUCGGACAGCCAGGGAUCCUGCCCACUCUCGUUUCCCUGGAUGUGUCGGGGAGGAAACAGGUGACAGAUGCCGCUGUUAAGGCAUUUGUUGACGAGAGACCAGGGAUGACCUUUGUGGGACUUCUGGCCACAGAUGCUGGUUUUUCUGACUUCCUCUCUGGAGAAGGAAACCUAAAAGUAACAGGGGAAGCCAACGAGACCCAGAUCUGCGAGGCACUGCGUCGCUACAGCGAGAGAGAAGGUUUUGUGAGAGAAGCUCUGUUUCAUCUGUUCAGCCUCACACAUGUCAUGGAGAAACCACGGCCUGACAUCCUUAAGUUGGUGGUUUUAGGUAUGAAGAAUCAUCCUGCCACUCUGAAUGUCCAGCUGGCAGCGAGUGCCUGUGUGUUCAACCUGACGAAGCAGGACCUGGCAGCAGGAAUGCCAGUCCGGUUGUUAAGUACCGUCACUCAGCUUCUUCUGGAGGCCAUGAGGACUUUCCCCAACCACCAACAGCUGCAGAAGAAUUGUCUGCUGUCUCUGUGCAGUGAUCGCAUUUUGCAGGAGGUUCCUUUUAACAGGUUCGAAGCUGCCAAACUAGUGAUGCAGUGGCUCUGCAACCAUGAAGACCAGAACAUGCAGAGGAUGGCUGUGGCUAUCAUUUCCAUACUGGCUGCAAAGUUGUCCACAGAGCAGACGGCUCAGCUUGGAGAAGAGCUGUCCAUAGUCAAGCAACUGCUCCACAUUGUGCGUCAGAAGGCUACUCAGGGCAUGGUGGACGCCACCCUCAAAUUUACACUCAGCGCACUCUGGAAUCUUACCGAUGAAUCGCCAACAACUUGCCGCCAUUUCAUCGAGAACCAGGGACUGGACCUGUUCAUUAAAGUUCUAGAGUCCUUCCCCAAUGAGUCCUCUAUUCAGCAGAAGGUUCUAGGUCUGUUGAACAACAUAGCGGAGGUCGGGGAGCUGCACGGAGAGCUGAUGGUGCAGGGCUUCCUGGACCACAUCAGCACUCUGCUGCACAGCUCAGAGGUGGAGGUGAGCUACUUCGCCGCAGGCAUCCUCGCACAUCUGACGUCCCGAGGAGAGGAGGCCUGGAAGCUCAGUCCCGAUCUUCGAUCGUCACUGUUGGAACAACUGCAUGCUGUUAUUAUGAAGUGGCCCGCACCAGAGUGUGAGAUGGUGGCCUACAGGUCAUUUAACCCCUUCUUUCCCCUACUGGAGUGCUUUCACACCCCUGGUGUCCAGCUGUGGGCUGCCUGGGCCAUGCAACAUGUCUGCAGCAAGAACGCCGCUCGCUACUGCAGCAUGUUGUUGGAGGAAGGCGGCCUCCAGCAGCUCGAGCAAGUUCAUACACACCCACAGACACACAGAGAUGUCAAACUGUUGGCUGAGAGCAUUCUGGAGAGCCUACAGCGCCACAGAGCCCGCACCGGCCAGCCUGCACUUACGCACACAAGUCGCCGCCCGCCGCCACAAUAACCUCACAGAG